AUGUCCGGAAUUCGGACGUUGGAACUUCCGGACCGCAGAAAUGAGGACACAAUACAGUUUUACCCGCUUCAUACGUUCUGGAAUAACAGUCCAGUCCCCUGUGUGCAGAUAACACCUGCUGGUUCAAGCAUCCGGCCCACAGAUAAGAAUCCUUUGCAACAGAAAUUCUGCAUUCCCAUUCCCUGA